CAGAGUGGUGGAUGGGACUCAGGAAGACUCAGCAGCUGUUCAGAGGACAGAGGAAAUACCCAUAAGUACUUUAUACCUUAUACCAGAUGAACUGAUGAUGCUGAAGGAGCAGUGCUACCUUUCUAAAAAAAAUCACAAAAACAUGAGAGCCUGAGAGGAUAGAGAACAAGACAAGAMGACCGUUCCUCACUUGACAUGGAGUUGACUGUGGCCUAAAACCAAACAAAACCCAGGUUUAAAAGAAACAGCUACAACUUUGCUAACUCGUGUCAUGAGGAUCUUCAAAAAGGACGUCCGCCUUCAGGACGUCACCAUCAUGUAUUUCACUGCCCUGGCUGCUCUGACCGUCAUCCUGGUGGCGUCGUACCAAGCGCCCCCCCACGCCGUCGAUGUGUCCAGCCUUAAACCCAGCCCCUCCAGCCCUCUGCCGCCUCUCCCCAUGCCUUUCCGUGUGCCCCUUGACCCUCGCGGGGAGCUCCAGCUGGCCUGGAACAUCAGCUACGCCCAUCAGGAGGUUUACAUGAAGCUGAGGAUCGCAGAGCUCAGGCACGGGGUCGUCUUGGGGAUGUCGGACCGCGGGGAGCUGACUAAUGCUGACCUGGUUGUGCUGUGGGACUCCGGAAAAAAGAGCUACUUUGGGGAUGCGUGGAGUGACAGCGAGGGCCAUGUAUCGUUGGACAGCCAACAGGACUACGAGCUGAUUGAGGCCAAACAGAAAUCUGAUGGCUUUUACCUGCUCUUCAAAAGACCCUUUAACACCUGCGAUCCUAAAGACUACCUCAUAGAGGAAGGAACCGUGCACGUCAUCUACGGGGUGUUGGAUCAACCGAUCGCCUCUCUUGAAGAACUGGACCUGUCCAGGAUCCACACGGGGGUGCAAAGAGUGCUGAUGCUGCGUCCCGACACGCACUCCCCCACUCUGCCUCCGGACGCUCAGACCUUGGACGUCUUGGCGCCAAACGUCGUCAUACCGACCCAAGAAACCACCUACUGGUGCUUCAUCCAAAAGCUGCCCGAAAAUAUCCCCAAGAACCACAUCGUGAUGUAUGAGUCUGUGAUAACCGCAGGCAACGAGGCCAUCGUGCAUCACAUCGAAGUGUUUGAAUGUGCACCGGAGAUGAGCGAAGUGCCUCAGUACAGCGGCUCCUGCGACGACAAGAUGAAGCCCAGAAAGCUGAACUUCUGCCGUCACGUGCUGGCUGCCUGGGCCAUGGGGGCAGAGGCGUUUUACUAUCCCCCCGAUGCUGGGCUGGCUAUGGGUGGACCCGGUUCCUCGAGGUUCCUUCGUCUGGAAGUUCAUUAUCACAACCCUCUGCUUAUAUCUGGCCGACGGGAUUCUUCAGGGAUUCGGCUGUAUUACACCCCCAGCCUGAGGCGCUACGAUGCAGGAAUCAUGGAGCUGGGCCUCGUUUACACUCCGGUCAUGGCCAUCCCUCCAAAACAGCACACCUUCUACCUCACAGGCUACUGCACCUCCACGUGCACCAAGACGGCUUUGCCCCCAGGGGGGAUCUAUAUUUUUGCAUCCCAGCUGCACACCCACCUGGCCGGCCGUGGAGUCAGGACGGUUUUGGUGAGGGGAGGCAAAGAGCUGGAGGUGGUGCAGGAAGACCAGCACUUCAGCACAGACUACCAGACAAUCCGAGUUCUGAGGAAAAUGGUGAAUGUUUUACCGGGUGAUGUUCUUAUAACGAAGUGUACGUACAACACAGAGGACAGGAGCAAGCCCACUGGUUUAAUGGAAAUGAUCAGUGUGUGUGCAGCGAGGUCGGCGUGUCGGAGCAGUUCUCGCAGCUUCACUGGGACGAAUUCACCGGAGAAGUUCUGGACUCGCUCUACAACACAGCUCCCUUCUACAUGCACUGCAAUCAGUCCACCGCUCGCCUCUUCCCUGGGGAAUGGGAAAAACAGCCGAUACCAGAGGUGACCUCCGUCCUUCCAAAACCUCGGUACCCCUGUGAGGGAGGGUCCGUGCCCACCAGCUGAACCUGUGCAGCCGUUACAGGUGGUUAAAAGUUAUUAUUUAAGUUUCCUGUCUUAAGUUUUAUCUCAGCAUUAGGUUCUGUGUGCUUUCCAACCYUUGCUGUAAUUACGUGUCUGUACAAACACCUACUGAGGUUAUUAUUAGUGCACACUAAUUAAGUUAAUAACAGUCCUAUUCAUUUGUCACUUUUCAAAGGAAUUAGGACGGAUUUUCAUGUUUGAUGCUUAAAAAAGGAAGUUAUUGAAAAGUUAUUUGUGUUCUUUAAAUAUGUCUUUGUUAAAAGAUGAGAUGUUUAAGAUAAAUUAUUAAAGUUUAUAGUAUAAAGUGCACUUUGUAGUGGAUAUGAUUAUGUAUUAAAUGUCAUCUCCUCCUUUG